AUGAAAUUAACAAACUUAUUGUCCUCUAGUACACAUCAUUUUAAGUUAGUUGUUCUUGGCGGAGGUACAGGUGGUUUAUGUGUUGGAAGUCAUUUUUCUAAAACUUUACCUCAAGGAAGUGUUGCUAUUAUUGAACCAAAAAAAACACAUUAUUAUCAACCUGGUUUUACUCUUGUAGGUAGUGGUUUAGGAAAACUUUCAUCUUUUAUGCGUGAUGAAAAAAGUUUAAUACCAAAAAAUGUUAAAUGGAUUCAGGAGAAUGCUGAAGAAUUGAUACCAAGUAAAAAUUUAAUUCAAAUUUCAAAUGGUGAUAAAGUUAGUUAUGAUUAUCUUAUAGUAGCUACAGGUUGCCAAACAAGAUAUGAUUUAAUAGAGGGACUUGAAGAAAGCUUAAAUAAUGAUACUAAUGUUGUUUCAAUAUAUUUACCUCAUUUUGCAGAAAAAACAUUUAAAAAAAUGGAACAAUUUAAAGGAGGAAAAGCAUUAUUUACAUUUCCAAAUACUCCUGUUAAAUGUGCUGGUGCACCACAAAAAAUAUGUUACCUAUUUGAAGAUUAUCAAAGAAGAAAUAAAAAAAGAGGUAAUACAGAUGUUAUUUAUAAUACAACAUUACCAAAAAUUUUUGGUGUUGAUAAAUAUGCAAAAGCACUUAUGAAACAUGUAGAUGAAAGAGGAAUUAUAUUAAAUACAAGAAGAAAUCUUGUUAAAGUUGAUCCAUUAAAUAAUAAAGCAACUUUUGAACAAUUAAAUGAUGAUGGUACAUUAAGUGGAAAAUUUGUAGAGGAAGAAUUUACAUAUUUACAUGUUGGAGCACCUUGUUCACCACAAGAUGUUAUGAUAAGAAGUGCAAAAAAUGAUGAUGGAUUUGUUGAUAAAAAUGGGUGGUUAAAUGUUGAUAAAUUUACACUUCAAAAUGUUAAAUAUCCAAAUGUUUUUGGUAUUGGUGAUGCUACAAAUACUCCAAAUGCAAAAACUGCAGCUGCAAUAUCAUCUCAAUUUAGAAUAUUAAAAGAGAAUGUUAUAAAUGCAAUGAAUGGAAAAAAGGUAGAUAAUCAAUAUACUGGUUAUGGAUCAUGUCCAUUAUUAAUUAGUUAUGAUAAGGGUAUUUUAGCAGAAUUUGAUUAUAAUGGACCAGUUGAAACAAUGCCAAUAGAUCAAAGUAUACCAAGUUAUCUUAAUUUUGCUAUGAAAGUUCAUUUAAUGCCAGCAUUAUAUUGGAAUGGUUUAGUAAAAGGUUUCUGGGAAGGUCCAUGUACUAUAAGAAAACUUCUUCAUUUAGGAUUAUGUUAA